GGAUCGUAACAACCACGGCAACCCUUCAUCCGGCCCCUCAGGAGAGCAUACCCAGCAGCCCAGCGCACUCCUAUUUCAUUCUUACCCACGAGGCCUUGGGGUAAAUAAUAGACAAUGAAAACUGUGAUAGUGUUCCUCGUCCUUCUUGCCACAGUCUACUGUCAUCCGGUAAAACGAUCGGCCAGUAGCUCAGACAGCUCAGAGGAAGUGGUGAGGACUCUUCGUCUGCAGCUGAAAGUAGCCCCCGUGCUUCGUAAAACUGCACCUGCACAGACUAUGACGGCAGAGUCAGACGAUAGCUCCGACAGCUCAGAUGAAGCACAGCUGUCAUACACUGCAUCAGAAGAUGAGAAUGACACAGACUCUGAAGAGACAGAGGAGUCCGAGGAGCCAAUCACUGAGCCAACCACAGAGCCACCCACUGAGCCACCCACAGAGCCACCCACAGAGCCACCCACUGAGCCACCCAUCCCUUUCGAAACCACUCUGCCCCCCGUCACCGACAGUGGCCGAGGGGACAACCUGGGCUACCCCAGUGACUACAAGAAGUCCAUCGUCUACAUGAAGAGCAAAAAAAACGAUAAGGGCUCCUCUCCGUACAAGUAUUACGACGUGGACAAGGCCGUGGAGAGCUUGGGCCUGGUGAGCAAGAAGGCAUCUGUCUACGGCAGCAAGGGCGGGAACGACAUCGAGAAGAAUCUGAGAGUACACAAGGCCCUGCAGGCACAUGACGAGUUCCUGGAGGAGGGCACCAGCACCCCCGAGGAGGAGAGCCAGGGCCUGGACACUGUUGGCGGGACGGCGGAGGGGCCGACCCAGCGGCAGGCAGAGCCUGAACCCGAGGCCACCACCGCCAAAAGCGUGGGGACGGAGGAGGAGGAGGAGGAGGAGGAGAGCGCCAGCACGGCGGAGAGCACUAGCGUCAGCAUCAGCGAGGAGGAGGAAGAGGAGGAGUCCGACAUCGACAUCGACUCCUUAGAGAGCAUCGAGAGCCAGGAGAGGGACGAGGACGAGGCGCCCGUCGUCAUUACCGCCAAGUAAAAUGCCCACGAAUCGCGGAACCCCCGCCCCCCUCCCCACCUGCCCCUCCCACAAAGAUGCUGUCGACAGUGAAGAAUGCGAACUCUCUCAGAGGGGCGUGAGGCGAAACCGGGGCCGGCGUUUCCGCCACCGCCAUUGGCGCCGCCAGCGGGCAGAAACCAGGACGAACUGAAAACGCGGGGAACAGGCUCUUUGUGCCCUGUUACUGCAAAUAUCUGUAAAGAGUGUUACCGUUUCCAGCCUCUAACACAUAAUAAUCCACAAUUCUUUUGUAUUUUACUUUGUUCUUUGCACAAUAAAUUACACUAUGAGGUU